AUGACGGUGAGUAUAAGUUCUCCUUGGUUGUUUAAGUGCUAUCUAAAUGAAUGAUGUGCUAUUGAUGUCAUGUGUGCAAUCAAUAUGUCUUUAUUUUGCAGAUGGCUUCACCUGUGAGACUUCCAGCUGGUGCUAGCGACAACGCCGACGUACGAGAAUUACGCCUUAGAUGCCAGGUUUUAUCUGUAAGUAAAUGAACAGCACAAUCUAUUUAUGUGAAUUCUACUUUAUAGUUACACGAGUAAAGUAGUGGAUUUACAUUAUUUAUAGUUACACGAGUAAAGUAGUGGAUUUACAUUAUUUCAAUUGGACUGUGGUUGAUGAAAACUUUGUGUUUGGCAAUUAAAAGGUUGGACGGGAUCUGAUUUGACUGUUAUCAAUUGUUGUGGUUUAUUAUCUAGUGGUGUGGAGAUUGUUUUAUAGGGAGAAGAUUUAUAUAUAUGUAAUAGUGGUAGGUAUUCUGCUAUUAAGGACAUUAUGAAGAAGAAUGUUUUUGUGUGAACACGGUACAACAACAUUUCUUUGUUAUUAAGUAGGUAGCAGCUGCAUUGGUCACAUUAGACAUGUGAAGUACUGCAGAGAACAAAUUCUGUAGAUGGAGAAGAGAAAUUAAAUGAAUUGCAUGUUAAUUGUGUGUGUGUUGUUGUUCUUGGGAGAUUAAAGAUAAGAGUUAUGGUAAAAUGUGUGUGUUGUUGUGGAGAAUCUUGAAAACGUAAAAAAUACAAUUGGACUGUGUAGAAUUCAGAAGACAUUUUGCUUCUUAUCUGAGAAGCUUCUUCAUUUCAUAAUUGAUAGUGUGGGCAGCAGAACUGUGUCUUACUGAAGAAAAUGCACAGAAAACAACUGGGAAGUGUUAGGUCGUCAACUUUGGGUGUGUCCCCUUUUAUUGUAGUUCACCAGGAAGGGUUAACAAAGCCCCUGUGAUGUAACCACACCCAGGGUAUUCAUCCCAGCUGUGAAUUUGUAUGUUGAUGUCUGAAACUGGUCUUUAGGUUCAAAUGAGCCUAAUUUGUGUUUUCCUUGUUAAUAUGAUCAAUUAUUUCUGUCUGUUUUUUGGUUCCAGUAUGCAAUACAGGAUCAAACCCUGGAUAGGGGUGCCCUGUUUCAGGAGAGCAUGGCAUGCCAUACAUACGUGAUAAACACCACAACAAGGCUGGCACGGCAAAUGAAAGCUGCCACAGUACGCUCUGAAUGUUUACAGAGAGAGCUAAACUGUUACAAAGAAGAAGUUUCAGGUUUAAAGCAGGCCAACCUCAUGCUGACUAAACAGUUAGAGGCAGCCCAACUAAGUCUGGAGAGCUUGUGUAAGUAUUACAUGGGUCAUAUGGGUAAUUCUCAUUGGUGAAAAUUGUUAUGCAACUUUCUAAUAGGUGAAAUUUUCUUUGAAAUAUUUUUAGAUGGACCUGACAACCUGUUCGACACUGUGGAUAAGGCUGGUGAGCUUGCCAGCAAUCAUUCAGAAUUGGAAAGUAAGUAUGUGGCAAUGUUUGUAAUUACCAAUUAGUCACAAAGGAUAUAAGUUGGUAAUGUGAAGCCAACAAUAAGGUUAUGUUUUUGUCUUCUUAUUGUCAUGUUGACAUGUUGCAGAUCCCAUUGUUAUGUAGAGUGACAGUGAUAUUGUAAAACAUUAGUAACAUCAAUUUGAAUCAUGUGUAGGUCUACCACCAGAAAAGGCAGCUGCAGGCCCUACCACAGCAGCUGGAGAAGGAGUGUCUGUUUCCGUAGAAGUCAUGGAGGAGGGGGGGAAUAUCCACCAUGCCUCUGACUUAGGAGUUGUGGAAGAUUGA